GUGGCGUGUGGAACCAAAGACAGCCCAGUGCUGGAUUCCCGAAGGACAGCUAGAGAUCACAGACCCUUGAGGUGAAAGAGGGUGCAUGGAUCGCUCAAGGACAAAGACUUCUGCCUACCUCUGGUUGGGCUUGGUCUCCGUGGCAGCAACCUUCUUCUGCGCAGAGGCGGGUGUCACGCCAAGCCCGUCCCUCUCGAAUAACAUCACAUGCAUCAGGGAGACAGAUCGAUGCCAGCCUGGCAUCAUCUUACCCAUUUGGUACCCCGAGGACCCUUCCAUGGGUGACAAGAUCGCCAGGGUCAUUGUGUACUUUGUGGCAAUGAUCUACAUGUUCCUGGGGGUAUCGAUUAUUGCGGAUCGCUUCAUGGCCGCCAUUGAAGUCAUCACCUCCCAGGAAAAGGAAAUAAUCAUCAAGCUUCCAAAUGGUGAGACUACAACAACAACAAUCCGAGUGUGGAACGAGACCGUGUCUAACCUCACACUCAUGGCGUUGGGCUCUUCUACCCCUGAGAUCCUUCUCUCUGUUAUCGAGGUUUGCGGGCAUGAGUUCCACGCUGGCGAACUUGGCCCGUCCACCAUCGUAGGCAGCGCCGCUUUCAACAUGUUUGUGAUCAUCGGCCUGUGCGUGUCGGUGAUCCCGGAAGGGGAGGUCAGGAAGGUAAAACACUUGCGUGUGUUUUUCGUGACAACGGCGUGGAGCAUAUUUGCCUACAUCUGGCUCUACAUGAUCCUGGCUGUGUUCUCACCCAACGUAGUCCAAGUAUGGGAAGGGCUUCUCACCUUGGCGUUCUUCCCCAUCUGUGUCAUUCUAGCUUGGGUGGCUGACCGUCGCCUGCUCUUCUACAAGUUUAUGCACAAGAAAUAUCGCACAGACAAGCACCGAGGCGUCAUUAUUGAGACAGAGGGUGACCGUUCAAAAGGUAUCGAAAUGGACGGAAAGAUGAUGAAUUCUCAUUUUGUCGAUGGCGGAGCUGCUAGUAAUUUGAUGGGCCUGAUUGAGGGCAAGGAGGUAGACGAUUCUCGCAGAGAUAUGAUCCGUAUCCUGAAGGACCUGAAGCAGAAACACCCGGAGAAGGAGCUUGACCAGCUGGUGGAGAUGGCCAACUAUUAUGCACUGUCACACCAACAGAAAAGCAGAGCGUUUUAUCGUAUCCAGGCCACGAGGAUGAUGACCGGCGCCGGGAACAUCCUCAAGAAGCAUGUGGCCGAGCAGGCCAAACGCAGCACUAGUGUUCAAGAAGUAAACGCAGAAGAACCUGAGGAGUUUGUGUCCCGCAUUAUGUUCGAGCCUGCCAUUUACCAGUGUCUGGAGAACUGUGGAGCCGUUCUGCUUACAAUAGUGCGUAAAGGGGGCGACAUCGCAAAGACAAUAUAUGUGGAUUAUAAAACGGAAGAUGGCUCGGCGAACGCCGGUGCGGACUAUGAGUUCACCGAGGGCAUGGUGGUGUUCAAACCUGGUGAGGUCGUCAAGGAGAUCACUGUUGGCAUCAUCGAUGACGACAUCUUUGAAGAGGAUGAGCAUUUCUUUGUGCGGCUCAGUAACGUCCGUGUUCUGGAGACUGAGGAUGAGGUGUUGUCGCCCAGUAGCCUGCCGUACCCAAAGGCCUUGAUAGUAUUCCCUGCUGUUGCCACGGUUACCAUCCUCGACGAUGACCAUGCAGGCAUCUUCACUUUUGAAAGCGAGUCCAUGCACGUGAGUGAGAGUGUGGGCAUCAUGGAAGUGAAAGUGCUGCGGACGUCAGGAGCAAGAGGGACGGUCAUCAUUCCGUUCCACACAGUGGAGGGACUCGCUAAGGGCGGUGGAGAGGACUUUGAGGACGCGUAUGGAGAGCUAGAGUUCAAAAACGACGAGACCUGUAAAAGCAUACAGGUUAAAAUCAUCGAUGAUGAGGAGUAUGAAAAAAACAAAAGCUUCUAUCUGGAGCUAGCAGAACCUCGCAUGGUGGACAUGUCCCUUCAGAAAGCUCUGUUAUUAGCUGAUGAUAUUCCAGACAGGAAGUUGUCAUCAGAAGAGGAGGAAGCAAGAAGAAUAGCAGAGAUGGGGAAGCCUGUGUUGGGCGAGCAUGCGAAAAUAGAGAUUAUCAUUGAAGAGUCGUAUGAGUUUAAGAGUACAGUAGAUAAGCUAAUUAAGAAGACUAACUUGGCUCUGGUUGUGGGCACAAAUUCCUGGAGAGAACAAUUCAUGGAGGCCAUAACUGUCAGCGCAGAUGAGGAUGAGGAUGAAGGGGGAGAGGAACGUCUGCCAUCUUGUUUUGACUAUGUCAUGCACUUCCUGACUGUGUUCUGGAAGGUUCUGUUCGCCUGUGUCCCACCCACGGAAUACUGGAAUGGGUGGGCGUGUUUCAUUGUUUCCAUAGUGGUCAUCGGUCUUUUGACUGCUGUGAUCGGUGACCUGGCUAGUCACUUUGGCUGCACCAUUGGCCUAAAGGACUCAGUCACUGCUGUGGUGUUCGUAGCCCUGGGAACAUAA